AGAAGGCAUCGCAGUUCUCCAACGAGCGCAGAAGAUGCUCGCGGCUUCUAACCUCAGGCUGCACAAGGUUGCGUCAAAUCGCUCUGCAGUCAGUCAGAGCGUUCCCCCCUCAAGAUCGCUCUCAGGACUUCAAUGGCCUAGAUCUCUUCAUCGACGAUCUGCCCAUUCAGCGUAGCCUGGGGCUGUCUUGGAACAUGCGCACGGACACCUUCGCGUUCCAGAUCGAGAUUGACCAGAAGCCGUUCACCCGCAGAGGGGUACUCUCGACCGUGAACAGCCUAUACGACCCCCUAGGGUUCCUUGCACCCAUCACAGUCGACGGAAGACGGAUUCUCAGAGAGCUCACCCUGCAAGCGGAGGAUUGGGACGCACCCCUUCCCAGAGACAUGGAGAUCGAGUGGACUAGAUGGAAACAGUCUCUCCAAGACCUGGAGGGGCUCGAGAUACCACGCCCUUAUACGUCCCUCUCCACCAUAGGCGCUCUGAGGAGAGAACUCUGUGUCUUCGCCGACGCGUCGGUCAAAGCAAUAGCAGCCGUAGCCUACAUCAAGGUAACUAGCAAACAGGGACAGACUGAGAUUGGCUUCGUCUUUGGGAAGGCGAAGUUAGCUCCUCAACCCGGCUCAACUAUCCCCAGACUUGAACUCUGCGCUGCCGUGCUUGCUGUCGAGAUCGCUGAGAUGAUAGUUGCAGAGAUGGACACAACGUUCGACAGCAUCACCUACUAUACAGAUAGCAAAGUCGUGCUGGGAUACAUCCACAACCGGUCAAGGAGGUUCUAUGUCUACGUACACAACAGGGUCCAACGAAUCCUUCAGUCACCUAAUCCUGGCAAGUGGAAGUACGUCCCAACGCAUCUCAACCCAGCCGAUGUUGGGUCAAGAACCAUAGCAUCAGCCCUGCUCAGUAGCACACCAUGGCUCAAAGGACCAGCCUUUCUCUGCGACGCAUCAGGGCAUCUAUCCGAGCUCCAAGAGACGUACAAUCUCGUCGACCCUGACAUCGAUGCCGAAGUGCGGCCGCAGGUGACGGCGAAACUCACCCAUGUCACCAAAGGUGUGAUACGCCCUCAACGCUUUGAACGUUUCUCCAAGUUCAGCACACUCCGUGCAGCCAUCGCACACCUGAUACACAUAGCUAGGUCCUUCGCUCGCUCGACGCAGAGCGAAUGUCGAGGCUGGCACAUUUGUCGUCCUACAGAGGAGGAGUUACUGAGAGCCGAGGUGUGCAUUGUAAGGAGCGUCCAGGGCGACUGCUACGCAGAAGAGCUCAAGUGCAUCAACUCGGAAACCAACAUACCAUCCUCUAGCAGUUUGUGGAGAUUGCAUCCCAUUAUGGACCAGGAUCGACUACUCAGAGUAGGAGGUCGGAUCGAGCAGUCAGACUUAGGCAUGAACGAGACUCAUCCCAUCAUCAUUCCUGGCCGGCAUCACCUCGCAACUCUGCUUGUGUCCCACUAUCACGAAGCAGUAAAGCACCAAGGGAGACAUCUUACCGAGGGUGCUAUUCGGGCUGCAGGGUUUUGGAUCGUGGGAGCCAAACGCUGUAUCAGCAGUCUGCUUCACAGAUGCAUCACUUGUAGGAAACUGAGAGGGAAGGCCGAACAUCAACAGAUGGCAGCCCUGCCAGCAGAACGGCUACGAGUGGCACCUCCCUUCACUUACGUGGGCGUUGAUGUUUUUGGACCAUGGGACGUCGUUUCACGCCGCACAAGAGGAGGAGUCUCGAACUCCAAGCGAUGGGCGGUGAUAUUCUCGUGUAUGAGUUCCAGGGCGGUACACAUUGAGGUCAUCGAAGCCAUGAGUGCUAGCAGCUUUAUUAACGCCUUGAGGAGAUUCUUUGCGGUCAGGGGCCCCGCGAAGCAGAUACGCUCGGACUGCGGAACUAACUUCGUCGGCGCUUCCCGUGAGUUGGGGAUGGACAAGGAAAACUCAGAGUUCGACAGGGUAGAGAAGUACCUCAGUAAACAGAGCUGCACCUGGGUGUUUAACCCACCCCAUGCAUCCCAUAUGGGUGGCGCAUGGGAGAGGAUGAUCGGCAUCGCCCGCCGUAUCUUGGACUGCAUGCUGCUUGAACAAAGAAAGUCUCGCCUGACACAUGAGGUUCUGACCACGCUUAUGGCCGAGGUAGCUGCGAUUAUGAACGCAAGGCCGAUCAUCCCAGUGUCAUCCGACCCGGAGUCGCCCUGCAUCCUCACGCCAGCGAUGCUCCUGACUCUUAAAACAGGUUCCACACCUCCUUUGCCGUCAGGCAAUUUCGAGGAAGCAGAUCUUUUCAGAGAGGAGUGGAAACAAGUUCAGGGCUUAGCGGACAUGUUUUGGAACAGAUGGAGGCGUGAAUACCUCAAAACACUGCAACUUCGGCACAAGUGGCAAGGGAAACAACCGAAUCUUCAAGAAGGGGACGUAGUUCUCCUAAAAGAUAAGCAGGCAGAGAGGAACGAGUGGCCUAUGGGCAUCAUUACGAAAGCCUUUCCAGGAAAGGACGGAUUGGUUCGGAGGGUCGAAGUGGAGGUCGUCAAGGAUGGAAAGAGGAGAGGAUUCUCUCGUCCCAUUACAGAAGUAGUUCUGCUUCUUUCUCCAAAGUCUGAUUCUGCUGAUUGAUGUGGGCUCUUUAAAGAUCCCAAGCGGGGAGUGUCAUGCCUUUAGAAAUGUGUUCUCAUGUGUUCUUUUUAUCUCGUUAUCACAGCUUAGAGCGACUCGUGUAUCUUCGUAGGACUCGUGUAUCUUCGUAACCAUGACAGCACGAGAGCAGUGCAUGCUGGGAGUCAGGAAGUGAAUCUACCGUGUGACUCGGGAUAUUAGCGUGUGGGCUCAUGCAGCCGCCAGCUCCGCUGUUACAGGUUUAAUCCUUUUCCCCUCGCUAAGGCAUAGUCUUUUCACAAAAAAGUACCCAGUAAAGCUCCUGGACUUCAACCCCCUGUGUCUCGGAGAUUUAUUUGGGAGUGUUUAAGCUGGAUGGAAACUUAGCCC